UUAAUAAACUUGUUACACAACAAAAUCGUGUUAACACGCUUUAAUUCUGGCAAUGGAAAACGUAAAAGAGAAUGUAACUAUAAUAGAAAAUAUUGGUAAAAUAUUGUUGGAUGUGGAAAGACCUUUGAAAGAAAGGUUCAGAGCACUCUUUACUCUUCGUAAUAUUGGGGGUGAAUUGGCUAUAAGGUGUAUAGAAAAAUGCUUCUCGGACUCAUCUGCUCUUCUCAAGCAUGAGUGUGCUUACUGUUUGGGUCAAAUGCAAGAUCCUCAGGCAGUUCCAAAAUUAGAAUCAGUUUUGGAGGAUUUGUCUGAGGAACCAAUUGUUCGUCAUGAAGCGGCCGAAGCAUUAGCCGCUAUCGGCCAAAAUGCCAGUCUACCUCUUCUUCGAAAAUAUAUUAACGACCCUUGUGUUGAAGUUUCAGAAACUUGUCAACUCGCUGUCCGGAAAAUGGAAGAGAGUGAUACAGAAGUGAGUACACGAUCCAAAAAUCCUUUCCAAUCCGUUGAUCCAGCAUUGCCAUUGCCAAAGGCUUCUUAUGAUUCCAUAGAUCAACUUGAAAAGAUACUUUUAGAUGAUUCCCAACCUCUUUAUGGAAGGUAUCAAGCCAUGUUUAGCCUUAGGAAUAUAAAUUCAAAAGAAUCAGCAGUAGCUUUAGCAAAAGGGCUCAGCUGUGGAAGUGCUCUGUUUAAACAUGAAGUAGCAUAUGUAUUAGGACAAAUGCAAAAUGAUGCAACUGUUAAACAGCUAGCUGAAGUUUUGUUUGAUGAAACUCAACAUGAAAUGGUACGGCAUGAAUGUGCAGAAGCCUUAGGAGCAAUUGCAACUGAAGAAUGUAUGAACAUUUUGAAUUGUUACCUUAAAGAUGAAAAGAGAGUUGUCAGAGAAAGCUGUGAGGUAGCUCUUGAUAUGUGUGAUUAUGAAAACAGUAAAGAAUUUCAGUAUGCAGAUUCUUUAAUAAAAGCAAUGUCAUAAAUGUUAA